AUGAAAAAAAUAUUUCCAACAAUCCCUUAAAAUGGAAUUUCAAUAGUUGAUCCUGAUCAAACUACUGUUUAGAGACUCCAUUAAUCUCAAACGUCUAAGGCACAUUUCUCUGUUGUUCCUAGCGAACCUAGUUAAUCAUCAUAUGAAAUUAUUGAGAAGAACAAAAUUCAAUACUUAGAAUAUUAUGGUUAAUACACGGAAUAAAGAUUUAUGGAAAACAUGGCAGGUUAUUUGAUAUCAUAACUUGAUAGGUAUAAUGCCAAUCUCUGAGAAACUCAAAUUGCUUGAAAACUUCUUAAGUAUGUUUGAGGAAAUGAUGUAAUGCCUAAAUACUAUUUUGAAUAACUUAAUCUAAAUCAACUUUACUACGUAAGAUUUUUACACUAUAUAUAAUACUACUCCAGAAAAUGUUGCUAAUACUCUUUACAAGGAUAUCAAGGUAUUAAUAAAUAUAUUUAAAGACACUUGAAGGUCUUCACUUAGAACUCCAAUACUAAUCCUCACUUAGAUUUUUGGAGACUGUGCUCGAGGCUCUUGAUCUUAAUCCUGACCAGUCGAAAAAAUUGUAUUAAUUAGAUGUGAAGCAAUGGUCAUCCCAAUGUUAUGCUCAUUUGAACCAGCAUAUUACUUCCCGUAGUAUGAAAGCUAGAGAGAAAACAUGUUGUUGCUGCAAAGUAUGA